UGUGCUCGAUUUGUGGCUGUUGAGUCAAAUGUCAAUCACAUGCCGAGCGCAAGACGAAAGUGUGGGGAGGCUUACACCUGCCCCAGAUUCAUCGACCGAGGAAGCUUCUGUAUGGGGAAACUGCCAUCGAUAUCUUGGAGCUCACAAGACGUCCUUGGUCAUGUAGCGCAAGAAUCUUACUCCCUUCAACACCUUGAAUUCUUUCUCCCUCUCUUUGGGCUUUGGUCCUAAGACAUUUGUUUGAACCAGUGCUUGUUUUUUAUUUGGAUACCAUUCGACUUCCGAUUUCCCCAUGCGCUUAGCUGCUAGAUCUGUGACGUGACGUCGAUACGCCUCGGCUCAACCCCAAUCUCGACUACUUUUCGACUUCAAGUGCGACUUCAAGUGACUGCAGAGUCAUCGCUAGGGAUCGCUCAAUAAUACUGUACCAUUGUCAACUUAAUCUACAGAGUCUCUGAGUCUGCGCGCGCGUUAUGGCAUCGCAAUCGAAGCUCGCCUUGCCGGGCGAUCGCACCCUCCGGGGUAUCAUCUCGCAACUCACAACCCUCUAUGUUUCCAAUCGCACACGUAUCUCACGCGCUGUAUGGAUAACACUGUUCGCUGCCCUCGCUAAUCGAAUUCGCCUUGCCAUCUCCGAGCAAAAGGCAGCCUCCGCCCGUGAAGCUGCCCAGCGCGCAGCCCGUCGUGGUACCACAUCCAGUGGAAGCGAGGAAACACCCCGAAAGAAAGUCGAGCUGAAUCGCGAGUUCUUUCGGUCAUUGCUUCGGCUACUCAAGAUUGUUGUUCCAGGAUGGCGCAGCAAAGAGUCAAGGUUACUGAUGAGCCACAGCUUCUUCUUGGUUCUCAGGACUUUAAUUAGUCUACGCGUCGCCGAGAUGGAUGGUGCUAUUGUAAAGGCUCUCGUGAAAGGAAACGGAAAGGAAUUCUUGAAGCGCAUAGUAUGGUGGAUGCUCAUCGCGGUCCCUGCGACCUUUACCAACUCCAUGCUAUCGUAUCACCAAGCUGAACUGUCGCUUAAAUACCGAUCACGGCUUACGCAGCAUAUACAUGACAAAUACUUAUCCAAUCUAACCUUUUACGGUAUCUCGGCUUUGGAUGACAGAAUAAAGAAUCCAGAUCAACUGAUUGCGGUCGAUGUAUCAAAGUUCUCCAAUAGUCUGGCUGAAUUAUACAGUAAUUUAGCCAAACCUCUACUCGAUAUGACAAUAUAUACCUGGUCUUUGUCGAAGAGCGUUGGCGGUGAAGGCGUUGUCUUCAUGUCACUCCUUGUCCAAUUAUCAGCCAACGUGAUGAGAGCACUAACUCCGCCGUUUGGGAAAUAUGUUGCAGACGAAGCAAGGUUGGAGGGCGAAUUCCGCUUCCAGCACUCGCGCCUUAUCGAUUAUAGCGAAGAAGUCGCUUUAUACGGCGGCCACAACGCUGAAAAGGACACGUUAGACAAGGGCUACUUUACUCUUAUCAAGCACGUCAACUACAUCCUCCGUCGACGCUUUUACCACGGAUUCAUGGAGGAUUUUGUUAUUAAAUACUUUUGGGGCGCACUUGGUCUGAUGCUCUGCAGUGUUCCCGUCUUCGUCAAGAUGCCUGGCCAUAUCGCGAUGAACAUGGGCGAUCGAACAGAAGCCUUUGUCACCAACAGACGGAUGCUUCUCUCUGCAUCCGACGCAUUUGGCCGUAUCAUGUUUUCAUACAGAGAGGUUAUGGAACUGGCGGGCUACACAUCUCGUGUUGCUACUCUACUGGAUGUGAUGGAUGAUGUCCAGGCUGGUCACUUCGAGAAGAAACUCGUGUCCUCUUCGGGCGUCGAAGGUAACGAGGCUGUUCUCAAGGGACGUGGAACUGUCCACGAGAGUAACGACAUCACCUUUAUUGAUGUGCCCAUUAUCUCACCUAACGGUGACGUACUCAUCAAAGCUUUGUCUUUCACUCUCAAACACGGAGACCACUUGCUUGUUGUUGGACCCAACGGCUGCGGCAAAUCGUCUCUUUUCCGCAUUCUCGGUGGUCUCUGGCCUGUUUAUGGAGGCACAGUCUACAAGCCCCCCUUCCACGCCAUUUUCUACAUUCCCCAACGGCCUUACCUUUCCCGAGGCUCCCUUCGCCAACAAAUAAUUUACCCGGAUUCUCUUCGCCAGAUGCGUGCUCGUGGUGUCACGGACGUAGACCUUCUCGAGUAUCUCAAGAUCCUUGGUCUUGAGCACCUACCCGAAUUAUACGAGGAAGGUUGGGACGCUGAGGCUGAGUGGCGCGAUGUUCUUUCUGGUGGUCUCCAGCAGCGUGUUGCCAUGGCUCGGCUCUUCUACCAUCGCCCUAAGUACGCUAUCCUUGACGAGUGUACCAGCAGCGUUACCCUCGAGACAGAGAAGGCCAUGUAUGAUACGGCAAAGGCUCUAGGCGUCACUCUCAUGACUGUCAGUCACCGUCGAAGUUUGUGGAAGUAUCACUCUCACAUUCUCCAGUUCGACGGCCAGGGCAACUAUGUUUUUACCAAGCUUGAUGCCGAUCGACGUCUCAAACUUGAGGAUGAGAAGGAAGAGCUGGAGGUUCGGUUGCGCCAGGUCCCCGAAUUGGAGCGCCGCAUCGCCGAGUUGACGGCUGCUUAGACGGCACGACCUAUAUUAAGGUUUUGGUGGAAAUAUUACCGAAUACCCAUGAAUGAAUAUUUGCACAGAUAUAGCUAUAUUUUCUCGAAGGUGCUUAGACAUCGGCGUAAAGUGUUUUCUUGAUGUGGUAGUAUAUUACAGGCAAUAAUUGAAACAGCUUCAUCGCCAACCACUUGAUGGUAUCCUGCAUGUUUGUGAUAUAUUGAGA